GUAUCACCCACAGCUUCUUAGAAUCAACUUGCCUCUAUAUAUGAAAACUUCUGUGAACAUACUUCUAUGUCCUGUUUAUCUGUGUCACCCUAAACCUGCUCAUCCUCACCCCUUUAUGUYAUGUGUUCUAGAUGUUCGUUUCAGGAUGACUGCCUUCAGCCUUCAYCCUGGAUCUCCAUCUCUGAGGACUCCCAACAACAGAACAUGGUCUCUUACCAGGUGGAGAAGAGCAGCAGUGGAGAGAAGAUCACACUCACUGUCAAGGUCCACCUGAAUGUGAAUGGGACAGGAAGUCUCACCUUUACCUGCCACUUCUUCAAUACAAGAGGUGAUCUGUGUGACAGGACAAGCCCCGCUCCAGCGUUGCCUCGAUGCUCCUGCCUGUUYUCCAGCGACCAGCUUCCUGCUGAAGGUCUGGAUGUCACAGUGGAGAUAAGAGUGGGGAAGCAGAACCUUACUGAGAAACUGAUGCUCACUAACUGUUCAGACAUCACUGGAACACCUACCUCUGCCCUGUGUUCUCAGUGCAUGACAGCUGGAUGUAGCUGGAGUAAUGAUUCCUGCUCCUGGACACCCAGGUCUGCCAACUCAGACUCCAUACAGGACGUGUGCAGACUCAGCCAGUCAGGAAUGAACUACUCUGAGCCAGUGAUCGUCUCCAUAGUGCCCAGUGUUCUGUCCUUCCAUGGGAGAAACCACGCCCUGAUGACUGGGAAGAACCUCCAUCACGUGACUAGGGUUCGCAUCCAAGGGCACAUGUACUGCAGUCUCAAGGAGUCUCCAGUGUGGAACCACACUGGGUCCAGUCUGACGUUCCACAUCCCCAGUGGAGACAAAGGUUCUGUCAUUGUGUGUGCCGUGCUGCCAGACGGUCGCUGUCUGGGCAAGGCCACUGUCACCUAUGUGUCCUCACCGUCCUGCACUGGGCUAACACCAAGCACUACCUGGGCUAGUGGGAAGAGGAAGAUCAAGGUCCAAGGGUUCCAUCUGGAGUUUGUGGAGGGGGUUGUUCAUGACCACACCCCUCAGACCAUCCAAUCCAACUACAGCUCUGGGACUCUGUGGUACCACGCACCUCCCUUUGAACACAUUAACCAGCCAGUCACCUCAACUGUGUCUCUGAGAGUGACCAAUCAGACACUGGCCUGCUCAUCACAGCUCACCUACCAUCCCGACCCAGAUUUCACCAGCUACACCGCAAUCAAGACAGGAAACGACCUGCGUGUCACCAUUGAGAAAAGGGCUGACAAGUUGAACAUCACCACAGAAGAGAUCUUAGUGUUUGGUGUUCAGGAGGAGAACCAGGAUGUAGAGUGUGUCAUGGAAACCAUCGAGAAGAGCAACGGGAGUGACUCUGUCAUCUGUGAGAUAAAGAACACUCCCAACGUUAACAUCAAGUCAGUGAGGAUAAGAGUUGGAAACUUCACGAAAAACCUUUUACCAAAACAAGCUGCACCUUCACUCCUAAUCAUCCUUGUGCUUAUACCCAUCAUCAUUGUGGUCAUUGUGGGUGCGGUGUGGUAUUCCUACAAUAAACAGAGGAAAAUGGCGGCACAAAUGAACAAGCAGCUGGAACUGCUGGAGUGUGACAUCAGAAAUGACAUCAGACAAGGAUUUGUGGAUAUGCAGACGGAAAAGUGUGAUUUAAUUGAGAACGUUGGAGCCAUCCCUUUCUUGGACUACAAGCACUUUGCUUCCAGGAUCUUCUUCCCUGACGGUGGACCUGUGAUGACCUCCUGUAUCAWAGACAUUGGCCAGGACGUGGUGAAGGUGCAGCCAGACAAGAGCUGUCAGGCUCUGUCCAGACUGAUCCGGGAUCAGGUGUUCCUCACCUCCUUCGUCCACGCUCUGGAGGAGCAGAAGAACUUCAACGUCAAGGAGAAGUGUGCGGUGGCCUCCCUGCUGACCGUGUCCCUCCACGGUGACCUGCCCUACCUGACCCAGGUGAUGGAGGAACUACUCAGGGCUCUGAUGGAGCAGCCCAGUAACUCCCAGCCCAAACUCAUGCUGCGACGCACCGAGUCCAUCGUAGAAAAGCUGCUCACCAACUGGAUGUCCAUCUGUCUCUACGGCUUCCUCAGGGUCAGUCUGUCUGUCUCUACGGCUUCCUCAGGGUCAGUCUGCCUGUCUCUACGACUUCCUCAGGGUCAGCUGCCUGUCGUGCUGUUUGCUGUGGGAACAGACGGAGAGGUCAGUGAGCCUCUGGAGGUCAGUGCUCUGGACUGUGACACGGUGGAGCAGGUCAAGGAGAAGAUCCUCCUGGCAUUCAAGACCAAGUUUGGCUUCCCCUACAACACCCCUCUCCGACAGAUACACAUCGAGUAUGAGAAGGAUGGAAGGUUUGUCCCACUGAAGGAGGUGGAUGCCAGGUCAGGGGUUCUAGGAGAAGUGACCAUGCUCAACACACUCAAGCAUUACAAGGUACCGGAUGGAGCGUCCAUCAAAGUGCUCUCUAAGACCCAUCCCACUCUGAGUCCUCAGAGCAGCCUGAAAGACGAUCAGAACUACUCCACAAAGUACUUCCAUCUGAUUGACCCUGACAUUGACCAGGACCAAAAGAAGAACCCGGAGAGGAAGAAGCUGAAACUGAAGGAAGUGUACCUCACCAAGCUGCUCUCCACCAAGGUCGCUGUGCAUUCGUUUGUGGAAAACCUGUUCAGAACCAUCUGGGGAACCCCUAACCUCAAAGCCCCGCCUGCCAUCAAGUACUUCUUUGACUUCCUGGACGCCCAGGGAGAGAGCAAGAGGAUCAGUGAUCCAGAUGUACUACACAUCUGGAAAACCAACAGCCUGCCCCUGCGGUUCUGGGUGAACAUCCUGAAAAACCCCCAGUUUGUGUUUGACAUGGAGAAGACCCCGCCUCUAGACGGCUGUCUGUCCGUCAUUGCCCAGGCCUUCAUGGACUCCUUCUCCCUGGCUGAGAAACAGUUGGGCAAGCAUGACCCAACCAAUAAGCUGCUCUAUGCCAAAGAUAUCUCCCAGUACAAGCAGGAAGUGAGGGCCUACUACAAGCAGGUCAGGGACCAGCCACCAAUCAACAGCUCUGAGUUCAAGGAGUUCCUGCAUGAGGAGUCAAAGAAACAUGAAAACGAAUUCAAUGAAUCUGCUUCCCUCUGUGAGCUCUACAAAUACAUGCAGCGGUACUUUGAUGAGAUUAAACUGAAGCUGGAUCAGAACGGCGCCCCCGUGGAGUUGAAGGAGCAACUGCAGCAUGUGAAGAGCCUGUUUGACAGCCUCAACUGUUCGUGAAACUGAGCUCACUCCCUCCCCUUCGACAUGCUGAAGGCCAGAAAGCUGUUCUAAAGACGGAAUGUCAGGAGACUACAUAGGGAUUUACAAUUAAAGAAAAUAAAGGAGGGAGGCUUUUCAGAUUACUGGGAUGAACCAAAUGAUAGCAUGAAUUAGCAGGUCACAUUCCAGCUAGACACUUACCCAGAAGCAGUAUACUCUUAUUCUGAAGCUGGGACUUUUGUUUCCUCAACCGAAUGACAAAGAAGAGUUCAGCAGCUCUAGUGUUAAUGGUUCACACAAGUAAAGCUCAGAACAAAAAAUAUGUACACGACCUCAGUAAAGCAUAAACAUUUAUUUGUAUGAAUUGCAAAUACAAAAACACAUACAUCUUGAAAUAACAUCACAAAAAAAGUUGUAUAAAUGUUGUGCUUUAGAGCCGUGAAACCAACCUUUUUUAAAGGUUGCCUUUAGGACUAUCACGCUUUUAAAGUUUCAGUGAUGGCCUUAGUGUAAACAUUUGAUACAAAUCUCAACAGUCAAUUAAAACUCUGAGUAAGUCAUUGGUUGGCCAUUGAUAUCAUUCUUCACAUAGGCAUCAACAGUCAAGGCAUGGAAGGACUCCAGCACCGUUACUCACCAAGGAAUGUAAACAUUGAAUCUAUGUAGCUCUUUCUCUUUUCAUUUGAUAUGUUUUGUGCCAAUAAAAUCAAAAUGUUUUUCACAAAAUAUUUGGUAGCUCACUUAUUAAAUUAGAACAUCACCAAAGAAUCACUUUUAGGGAGUAAUAAAUCCUACAGUGAAGGGCACACUCACUCUCUGGGGGGGGGGGGUCAGA